AUGGCGCUAGCGUCGAGUGCCCAGAAAUUGUUGACAAAAUGUUAUUGCCGGAAUGUUGCGCGACUGGAGAGCUUGCAUACGGCUGCCGAAGAUUACCCGAGCCGCAUCGAAGGAGCCGGGAACCUUGAGGUGCUUGCUUGGCCCGGGCGGGCUGUGAGUCUGGUGAGCGAGGCAAGAGAGCCUGCCGCCCAAGACGUAAGUACAUGGCACUCGCCAUGGUAG